AUGCCACCGCCCACCAGUGCUCAAGGAGAGGUAGAUAAAGAAAUUGCACCACCUCCAGAAGAGCAGGAACCAGAGAGUGGUAAUCUGCCUGGUGGAUAUUCACUUCAGGCGAUAUUAGAGCGCGUGCUGGAUUACCAGGCAAAAUUUGCGCAACAGCAAGCCGAGCGAGAUCGCCAGCAAGCUGAGCGAGAUCGCCGGCUAGAGGAAAAGUUUCUCGCACAGCAAGCUGAGCGAGAUCGCCAGUUAGCAGCAAAUUUACUUGCCCAGCAAGCUGAGAGGGACCAGCAACUUGUGCAAUCGUUAGAAAAUAUGAAAAAAGAGAUUGCCUGUAUGAAACAGAAUUAUGAGUCGAUACCUAAGGCCGUGCAGGAGUUGACUGUACAGGUCAACAACCUGCAAGUAGCAAACACUAGCAGGGUAGACGAGAUAGGUGUCUUAGCCAACCGAUUAGAAAAGCUAGAAAUAGAUUCCACACAGCUUGUAGAGCAGAAGUGGAACGAACAAGCGAAUAAAAUUGAAACCGAAUUCAACUCAUGGCUAGAAGUGAAGGAGAGUGAGAUCGACAAAAAUAUUAAUUCUAAGAUACCAUGCGAAAAUGUGGGGGCAGGGGCACAGGAAGUAAUGCCACCGCCCACCAGUGCUCAAGGAGAGGUAGAUAAAGAAAUUGCACCACCUCCAGAAGAGCAGGAACCAGAGAGUGGUAAUCUGCCUGGUGGAUAUUCACUUCAGGCGAUAUUAGAGCGCGUGCUGGAUUACCAGGCAAAAUUUGCGCAACAGCAAGCCGAGCGAGAUCGCCAGCAAGCUGAGCGAGAUCGCCGGCUAGAGGAAAAGUUUCUCGCACAGCAAGCUGAGCGAGAUCGCCAGUUAGCAGCAAAUUUACUUGCCCAGCAAGCUGAGAGGGACCAGCAACUUGUGCAAUCGUUAGAAAAUAUGAAAAAAGAGAUUGCCUGUAUGAAACAGAAUUAUGAGUCGAUACCUAAGGCCGUGCAGGAGUUGACUGUACAGGUCAACAACCUGCAAGUAGCAAACACUAGCAGGGUAGACGAGAUAGGUGUCUUAGCCAACCGAUUAGAAAAGCUAGAAAUAGAUUCCACACAGCUUGUAGAGCAGAAGUGGAACGAACAAGCGAAUAAAAUUGAAACCGAAUUCAACUCAUGGCUAGAAGUGAAGGAGAGUGAGAUCGACAAAAAUAUUAAUUCUAAGCCCGCGGUCGCUGCUAUGACGGGCAGCUGUUUCUCAUUUGCUGCUAUUUGGGGGCCGCCCUGGCUACAUGGCAAGGAGAAGGAAACAUCACCACGCAACGACGUCCCAGAUUACUUGCCGUACAUCUACAACAAUGGUCUGGAUACAUAUACUGUAUUAGUACGACAUGAUCAUACAACCCAAUAA